UCCGCGCCUCUUCCUCAGAGACUGGGUGAAAAGUUGCUAUGCAGCCGCGGUAACGCUGUCAGGACCUCGUGAGGCUGGAGUACAGGUGCUGCUGUCACAAUGGUGCUUAAACAGUGUCGUACAAGAUUGAAAGCUUUUCGAGUCAGCCACGGAGAAAGGUGGUAUGACCUGUCUUUUAAUCACGCGUGUCUCCGGUGUAUCUCCUUCACUGCACCCCUCAACGACUUGAAGGAGACUAAAUGGGGAAGGAGACGAGCUCCCGGACUGAACUUGAAGACUGAGUAUUUGUCUGCAGUGACACAGGUGUCUGCAAGAGAGCUGAGUACCUCCAUCAAAGCCCUCCAGUAUGAUCUGGACCCGGGUGAAUCAAAGUCCCAGGGCGGGAAGCGUUUUUUUGAUACACAUGCGGUGGUACGACUCUUCGAGGAAAAUGGCUUCACUACUCAGCAAGCUGAGGUGUUGGUUAAAAUACUGAUGAAGAUGACAAACUCAAAUAUGGACGUCAUCUAUGCCGAGAUGGUAACCAAAGUGCAGCAGGAGAUCAUGCUGCAGCGUGUAAUGUCUCAAAUAGCAGCUGUUAAGAAAGACAUGAUAAUCCUUGAGAAGAGCGAGUUCUCUGCUUUACUGGCAGAGAGCGAGAAACUCAAGAUUCAGUUAUUGCAGCUCAAGGUCCAUCUGGCUGAUGUCAUGAAUAAAGUGCGCUCAGACACUAUUUUAGACAUGAAUUUGGAGAAAAGCCGUGUAAAAGAAUUGAAAGCAGAGCAUGAGAAGAAGCUUCUAGAAACACGCACUGAUAUUAUGGAAAUGACUGCAGAGCAAGAGCGUCAUCUAACACAGACCAACAUGAAGAUAGACACUGAAGUGGCCGGUUUGAAAACCAUGUUAGAGUCUCAUAAACUGGAUACUAUAAAAUACCUUGCAGGUUCAGUGUUCACCUGUCUCACUGUGGUCUUGGGUUUCUAUCGUAUUUGGAUGUAGAAAGGACAAUGAGUAUGAUUUCAUAUGUAUUAUCCCCUGGUACCACUUGAACCUUCAAUGCAUCCUCAUGUUAAACAGUCAGAGACAAGUCUCUUUCAUGUAUGACUGUUAUCAAUCAUUAUCUUUUGUUUUGAAGUGUGACUUUUAGAAGAAAGCCUCUGCGAACUGAUCAGUGCCAGAUUUUUUUGGAAAUAAUGCCUUCAGAGAAAUAAUUUUGACCCAUGAAUUCUGUAACCCGCUCAGGGCUGAGGCCAGUAAUUGUUUUUUAUAGCUGCCAUGGUUAUUGAAUAGCUGCCAGAAACAAAGCUGACAAAUGUACUUUGGAAAUGUUUUGGACAGAUGGGAAUUUACCUUCCCCUAAAGAAAUGUUGUGCAGGCAAUGACAUACUGACCUCUUAUUCAGAUAAUGCUAUUAGAAACUGAAGUAAAACUUGUGUUUAAAUGUAUUUAUUUGUCUAUAUAUCAUAUACAUCAUAUCAAAGAAGGAGGGGUCAGUGUGACUCUUGAUUACCCUACUAUAUUAUCACAGAAGUAACUUGUAUCUUGCUGCUUUGUGUUUUCAAAAAUGUUUUAACAUGAUUGACUGACUGUAAUAAAUUGAACUACCAAACAAUGCAAA